AUGAAAGGAUUUGUGGAAAAGUGUACAUUUUCACUUGAAAAAUCAGAAAAAGCUUCAGAUUGGUCUCUUAUCACAAAUCAAUAUCCAACCAUUCACCAUAAAGAACCCCAUUCGACCAACCUUCCUCGCUCUCUAUUUCUUUCACCCACCACCGCCCACCACAUUCAUUCAUCCAUGGAUGAAAAAGAAAACAAGAAAAAGAAAAAGAAGCAAAAACACAAACACCCAAAUGAUCAAUCCUCCUCAGAUUACUCUUUCAAACCCUCGUCGGAAGUCAAAGGCCUCCGAUUCGGCGGUCAAUUCAUCGUUAAAUCCUUCACCAUCCGCCGUGCGCGGCCUCUUGAACUCCUCCGCCUCCUUUCUCUACCCCCACCGACACCCAUCCACAACAAAACCCCAUCUAUCUUCCCGUCAACCACCGGUUUCCUCCCUACAAACUUCACCAUAUUAGCGCACCAUGCAUGGCACACCCUCACACUCGGCCUCGGCACCAAGAAAUCGAAGGUGGUUCUGUUCGUAUUCGAAUCGGAAAAAAUGAAGGUGGCGAUGGACCGGGUGUGGCCAGCGGAGAUUCCUUUAGGGGAAGUGAACCGGAAACUGAUCAGAGGAGUGUCCGGUUGCGAGAUGGCCCGGUUCAAGUUCAGAAAAGGGUGCAUAACGUUUUAUGUUUAUGCUGUUAGAAGAACCGGUAACCUAGGGUUCUCAUGUGCAGACGAUCUGAGGGUAAUUUUGGAAUAUGUGGUGGCUUUGAAUGAUUUCAUGGAUCAUACUGCUAUGCUUGCCAUGCCUAACCAGAGAAACAUUAGCUUUGCUAAUGCUAAUGCUAAUGCCCCUGCUCCCCCAGCUGCCAUGGCCCACUAG